AUAGUAUAGGAAUGUUCUCGAGAGGCACACUUUAUGAGCCACUGCCAUUAGAAGGAACUGAGUUUGCUGAGUAUAUUGAGGUUUUAGACGUUAAUUGUGUAAUUUUGUCCCCAAUGGUAUUUGUAAUGAAUUCAACAGUUUUUUCUUUUGAUAGCCUCUCAAAAUGCCGUUCAAUGCUGGACGUUGAUCUGGUUCAGAUGACCAACAUUUUUCGAAGAGAUUAG